CAGAUUCAUUCGCUAAGACAGCUGGGGUAUCAUCAGCUCUUAAAUUGAAAGCGUUUUGGGUAAUUUGAAUUAGUUAAACGUCUGCUUUGACAGCGUUCGGUACGAGAUGAAAUUGUUCGUGUGUCUCUUGGCUUUGGCCGCAACUGUGGCAACCGCAAAUGCAGGACUCUUGGGACUUCUCAAGGGCGGCGGCGGUGGUGGCUAUGGAGGUGGCAGCAACUACGGCGGUGGCUGGUCCAAUGGUGGCGGCUAUGGUGGCGGCUAUGGUGGCGGCUAUGGUGGCGGCUAUGGAGGCGGAUAUGGCGGUGGAUCUGGUGGAGUUCAAGUCAUUAAAGUAAUCGACGCUGGACACGGAGGUGGUUAUGGCGGCGGAUAUGGAGGCGGAUACAAUAGCGGAUAUGGAGGCGGAUAUGGGGGUGGAUACAACUCCGGAUAUGGAGGUGGAUACAGUGGUGGAUACGGCGGCGGCUAUGGCGGUGGCUAUGGCGGUGGUCAUGGCGGUAGCUAUGGAGGCGGCCAUGGCGGUCGUGUCGAUGUCUACAAGGUCAUCACAACCACUUCGACCAGCGGAGGAUAUGGUGGCGGUUAUGGCGGCAACUAUGGUGGCUACAGUGGCAACUAUGGUGGCAACUAUGGCGGCAAUGUUGGCGGCUAUGGUGGUUAUGGUGGCGGAUAUGGCCAUGGUGGCUGGUCGACCGGCAAGUCUGGCUGGUGGAAGAAAUAAACUGUGAAUCCACUCUAUGUUAUUGUAAAAUAAAACCCGUUCUUCCUAUUUCAAGGUUAAAAUAAACUUUAAAAAAAUAUA